GUUACUGUGACGGUGGUGUUAUGGAAGUUAUCACAAAUAUUUUGAAAAAAUAAAAAAAUGGAAGAAUUUUCAUGUGACAUUUGUGGAGGACCACCCUUUUCUAAAAAGUCCAAUCUGAUGGCUCAUUUGAAGAGAUUUCAUUCAGAUAGGUUGGAGGAAUUGAGUCCACCAAAAAAGCCUUACAGGGUAGGAGCUAUAUGCAACAUAUGCGAAAGAUCUUAUACAAAAUACUCUAGUUUGAAAGCCCAUGUAGAAACAUUUCAUCCAGAUAAAAUUGACGAUUUGCCAAAAAAAUUACGUUAUCCUUACAAGUGUUCUCAAUGUCCAAAGCAAUUUUCGAAAUUGAAAAGUUUUGAAGCUCACAAAAGAGUGCACGAGAGGCAGAGGACCAUUCCGCGUUAUAAACAAAAACAACUGAAGUGCCCUUUAUGCGAAUACGAAGACAAAUCCAAAACAGGAUUGCAUCGACAUUUCGGAGAGUCCCACGAAAUAUCAAUCAAGCCCGAGAGUAUAAAAUUCAAUGGCACGGCUGAUUUCUUCCUCUGGAAAAAAGAAGAAGAAGAAAAAACAAGGUCGUUAUUCAUAAAGAAUCGCGGCUCGCAGAUCCAUUCGAACCGUAAAAAGUACGUGUACGCGUGCCACAGGUCUGGAAAAUAUGUUCCCAAAGGAAAAGGUCAGAGGCGGUUGAAGUCCCAAGGCUCGAACAAAAUAAACGCCUUCUGCCCGGCCAGUAUCGUCCUCACUCAAGAGGCGGAUGAUACAGUGCGCGUGGAAUAUAUCUCGACGCAUGUCGGGCACGGGAGCGAUUUGGCUCAUUUGUUACUAGACGAGGAAGCGAAGCAAGAGCUUGCCAAGAAAAUUGCUGCGAAGGUUCCGUUGUCUAAUAUUCUAGAAGAGAUUCAAGACUCUGUUACUAACACAAACUUCAAAAGAAUACAUCUCUUGACUAGGAAAGACUUGUACAAUAUCGAAAACGCGUACAAUCUGAACUCCACUUCCAUCAGGCAAAAGUCUGAUGAGUCCGUAAACGAGCACGACUGGAUAGAAGAGCUGCAGAAGAGUAAUUGCGUACUUUUCCACAAACCUCAGGGUUAUGUAUCGGAAGAGUAUCAGUUUUUGAAAGGAGACGACUUUGUUUUGAUUCUAAUGACGGAGGGCCAGAAGGAUAUCCUUGGAAAAUUCGGGAAUGACUGCGUCUGCGUAGACAGAACACACGAAUCGAACAGUUACGGAUUCGAACUGGUAACUUUGAUGGUAGUUGACGAAAUGAGGGAGGGAUUCCCCUGUUCUUUCAUGAUUUCCAGCAGAAUAGACGAAGAGGUUAUGUCUUUGUUUUACGCUUGUAUUGAAACGAACAUGGAAGCGAAAGUUUCACCGAAAUUCUUCAUGUCAGAUAUACAGGAACUGUUUUAUGAUGCAUGGGUGAGAAUCAUGGCUCCCCCAGAAUACAGGCUUUACUGCUCUUGGCAUGUGGCCCGAGCAUGGCGAGAAAAUCUGGCAAAGAUCACCUCUGAAGAAACGCAAGCGAUAGUAUACCAGCAUCUCCGUUCUUUACUCGAAGAAGUAGAUAUAAAGGUAUUUCCUGUUAUGUUGGAGACAUUUUUGAACAGCACGUUCGAGGAUGACGAGACGCUGGAAUUUGGGAACUAUUUUUUAGCGAACUACGUCGAUAAAGUCGCAGCUUGGGCUAAUUGUUAUCGAAUCAACAGCGACUUUGAUGCAAAUAUGAACGUGGAACGCAUGCAUCACACUCUGAAGCAUAUAUAUUUCAAGAGCAGUACCAAAAAUAAUAAACUUGAGAAAAGCGUUACUGACAUGCUGAAGUUCGUGAGGAAGAAACUUCUCGAACAAAUGACGACAAUCAAUAUAAGUAAACUGUCUAGCAAGUUGAAGGAUUUGCGUUUGAGACACGAUAAAAGCCAGAGGCUGGACCUGAACUCGGUGAUGAAAGUAAAGGAUGGUUGGCAAGUUUCGUCAUCCUUAAAUCAAAAGACGUACUUUGUCGAGCAGAGAAAACUCGAAUGUACUUGUAAAAUCGUCUGCCCGGAAUGUGACGACGCAUGUUUACACCAAUAUUCGUGUACGUGCAUCGAUUCGAGCAUGGCGUAUAAUAUGUGCAAGCACAUACACUUGGUAUGCAGAUAUGAAAAGGGAUUGUUGAGCAAAAAAGACAACGAUGGGCGCGAAAUCGUAGAAGAAAUACAGUUGUUGAGUGGGAAAGAGGAAGUGACAGAAUUGGGAGAUGAAAUGGAAUCAGGUAAAGGUGAAAACAUCAUUGAAGAAGUUGCCCUCAAAAAUGAAAUCCAAGAUUUGGUCAGUUUUGUAGAUGUCGAGGAGAGUCAGAGUAAUGAUAAUGAUGAAGGUUUUGAUCUGGAGGAAGAAAAAUUACAUUUAUCCAAUUGGAUAUGCGCCGAAAUUGAUAAAAUAACUUCUGUGUCACAAUUGAACGAAGUGAGACGCCUCCUUGCACCGGUUGAACAUUUACUAGAUCGGUCGUCAUAGUCGACUCCCAAGAUACCAACUUUACUGGAAAAGCGUGGAUCAAGAAGAUAGUGUUGCAGCUCUGCUGGGAGGAUCGUUCCUGCUGUGGAAUUCCAUGUGAUGCACACCCAAUUCAACCAGUGGUGCUAGAAAAUGUGAUGACAUCUACCUCAAAUCACAAAAUUCUAAGAGAAUAAACAAUUCUAAACUUGGGACACGUUUUGAAUUUCGCACCAGUGCGCUCCAAGAAACUGCCGAAACCGACGUGUCAAAACUGUCAAUGAGGUCGUCAGCCCAAAGUAGACAUUUGUCUCCAGACGCUGGCUGGUGUCGGGUCUAGAGGCAGCAUCUAUUAAGUCAACUCAGCACUUCUCGUACGUCAUUGGCACCGUUCGAAUGACACUUGGGGAUAUAUAUUGUAACGUAUCGAAUAUAUUAUAGCUUUGUUACAGUUU